UCAAGUGCAUGAAAUAGAUUAUAUCGAUUACCCUGGCCUACACGGGAGAAAAAUAAAACACAAGGAUAAUGAAAUCAAAUGCUUUAUCAAAGUCUAAAAAAUUACCUCAAAACCUUUAUGCCUUGGUUUCUGACACCUAUAAAAGCAGAACCAUCUAACAUAAUUUUGCAGUUCUCGACUUUAGCCGGCAAACAUAGCUUAAUACAAAAAUGCCUUCAAAGAGGCUUCAAUGGAGAUCCUUAAUACUUGGUUGUUUCAAGGCCAAGCACCAGCAACCCUUGGAUGCUGCAAACAUAGUUUCGAAAAAGUCUUCAUCCAGUAGAAUCUUCCUCUCUGAUUUAAGCCUCAGCGAUUAUUCAUCACUCUCUAUCAUGAGUGAUUUGUCCAAUUCUCUGGUGGGAUCAAAUCUGCGUAUUUUCACCUACCAGGAGCUCAAGGAGAUCACGCACAGCUUUAGCAAAUCCAACAUUCUUGGGGAAGGUGGGUUUGGGAAAGUGUAUAAAGGCUUCAUCGAUGAUAAUUUUAAGCGUGGGUUGAAAGCUCAGGUUGUGGCAGUUAAAGCCUUAAACUUGGAUGGAAAACAAGGUCACAGAGAGUGGUUGGCUGAAGUAAUCUUUCUGGGGCAGUUGAAACAUCGCCAUCUGGUUAACUUAAUUGGCUAUUGCUGCGAAGAUGAGCAUAGGCUUCUUGUGUAUGAAUACAUGGAGAGGGGCAAUCUAGAGGAAAAGCUUUUCAAAGGUUAUGUGGCAGCUUUGCCAUGGCUAACGAGAAUCAAAAUAGCACUUGGGGCAGCUAAGGGACUUAUGUUUCUCCAUGAAGAAGAAAAACCAGUCAUAUACAGAGAUUUUAAGUCCUCAAACAUCCUACUGGACGCUGAUUACAAUGCCAAGCUCUCAGAUUUUGGUUUAGCUAUAGAUGGACCAGAAAAAGAUCAAACACACAUUACAACUCGUGUUAUGGGCACGCAAGGUUAUGCAGCCCCUGAGUACAUCAUGACAGGCCAUUUGACUACCAUGAGUGAUGUAUAUAGCUUUGGAGUUGUACUGUUAGAGCUCCUCACAGGAAAGAAAUCCGUGGACAAAAAACGACCCAGCAGAGAGCAGGAUUUGGUGGAAUGGGCAAGGCCUUUGUUGAAGGAUUCCUACAAACUAGAGAGAAUAAUGGACCCAAGACUUGAGGAUCAGUACUCAAGUGAAGGGGCUAAAAAGUUUGCAGCUUUGGCUUACCAGUGUUUGAGCCACCAUGCAAAGGGUAGGCCCACCAUGAGAACAGUGGUUCGGACCUUAGAGCCUCUCUUGAAACUGAAAGACAUCCCAGUUGGCCCUUUUGUGUAUGUGGUGCCCAGUGAGGAAGACAAAGACAUACCCAAAAUGAGUGAAAAAGUAACAGAAAAUGACCAUGUUGUUGAGAUCAACCAAAUUGAUGAGUUAAAAAAACCCAAAGAAGAAGAAAAGGCAGAGAAAAAAGAAAAGGGUCACCACCGGCAACGAAGAAGUCGUCGCCACAAACGUCGUGUUAAGCCCCUGAGGUCUCAAGCCGUUUACUCUGACACUGCUCUGUACAAAACUCUUGGCACAAAUCUUUACUCUCCCAAAGAAGCACAGUAAAGAGAUGGUUAUGGAUACCAGUUUUGCAUGAUUCAUCUUCAAUUCUUCGAGAUGCAAUCACAGCUAUAGAUUGGGAGAUUAAAAAUUCAGGUUAAAUUCCUUGUAUUAUUUACCAUAAAGAUCUCAUUUUGAACGUGUAGAUAACAACAUUAAAUGGCUCCGGGAACAACGUGUUGCUGAAAAAAAUUCAAGUGACAGUACUUGAUCCCAGAGCCUGAUGUAAAAAUCUAAGGACUUUGAUGUUUUGUUAUACAGACAAAAACAUCAUAGGAGGAGAAAGAGAAAUAAUGUACGAUAUACAUCUCAGUUUUUUCAUUUUUCAUUUUUUGUGUAGUUUGAUUUUGAUAUUUUCUUUCUAGAAAUUCCAACAUGUUUUGCUGAGUACUGGUCACUGAUGUUACAUGUGCCUAAAUUCGUUCACGUA